AAUGAUUAUGUUUUAUUCGCAAUUAUAUUUCUUAACGUACAACCGGACUUGAGACACGAUAGGAUUUCUAUCGCCGUUUAAAACAUUUCACAGCUUUUGAAAUUUUUAUUUGAACAACGCAGUAAGUAAACAGAACAAAUACGAUCAAGUUAGUGAACAGCAAAGAUACAAUCAUAGCGUAUUAUCAAUUAAUAAUUCGUAUUUAUUGAGUUUUCGAAGUUUCAGUAAUGAAGUAUCUACUUUUUUUUAUCAACUACAAAAUUUUAGAAUACGUACUAUAUAUAUUACUAACGCAUAGCUUCGUUGUUUUUAAAUAAGUAAUUGUAACUUCAAUUUUGACAUUUCUAGAAUUAUGUAAAUUAAAAAUAUUUCAGUUAAGAUUGAAUUGCCUUAUGACAGAUGUAAUUGUCAUGUUUUAUAAAAAUAAUGUGUUAUUUACAGGUAAUAGAUUAGUCUAAUUACUUAUAGGUAUCUAUCAACAAAAUUUCAACAAGAUGGAUGAAAAAAGUAUUUGGAUUGCACAAGAAACAUUUUUAAACAGUCAAGAUCAAAAUGCAAGAGGUAAAAAGUUGAUCCAGUACAUUGCCAGUUUAUCAGCAACUCUUGGGGCUUUGGCAUCUGGCAUGGUAUUAGCAUGGUCUUCUUCUGCUGGUUCUGAUGGAGCAUCUAUACAGGAACUGUAUGGCUUUCCAAUUUCUGCUGAAGAAUUUUCAUGGAUUGGAUCAUCACCUGCAAUUGGAUCCGUAGUGAUAAGUAUUCCCAUUGGAAUUCUUACCGACGUGAUUGGAAGAAAGUAUUCGAUGCUCUUGAUGGUGGUACCCUUUACUGUAGGUUGGCUGCUCAUCAUUUUUGCUAAUUCCGUCCCCAUGUUUUAUAUUGGAAGAUUUAUGACAGGUAUUUGUGUCGGAACUUUUUGUGCAGUUGCACCACUCUACACAGCCGAAAUAGCUGAAAAUAGCAUUCGUGGACGCCUUGGAAGUUGCUUUCAGUUACUUCUUUCCACAGGCAUUUUAUUAUCGUAUGUUUUCGGAACCCUUGUUAAUAUACGUGAUCUGUCUAUUAUAUCUGCUAUCGUGCCACUAGUUUUUUUCGGAGUUUUUAUGUUCAUGCCGGAAACACCAAUUUAUUACUUGAAGAAAGGUAACAAAGAGUGCGCCAGAAAAAGUUUAAUCAGGUUACGAGGCGAACAGUAUAAUAUAGAUAAUGAAUUACAACGUCAGAAAGAGGCAUUGGAGGAAACUAAAAAUAAAAAUGCUUCUUUUCUGACUUCAAUUAAAUCCAAAGCAACCAUAAAAGGUUUUGUAAUCGCUUAUGGUCUUAUGUUUUUCCAACAGUUUAGCGGCAUAAAUACUGUUAUAUUUUAUGCUAGUGAUAUCGUUACAUCAGCUGGUAUUUCUAUUACACCUGAAAACUUUAGUAUCUUGGUAGGUUUAGUAGGGCUCCUAGGUGUUCUCGUAAGUACUUUGAUCGUAGACCAUUUAGGUAGAAGAUUAUUGCUAUUAGCAUCUAUAACAUGUUUGUUCUUAACAUCUUUCGCACUUGGAGUUUACUUUUACCUUAACGAUAAUACAGAGGAUACGAGCUCAAUUGAAUGGUUACCUCUAGCUUCUAUAUCCAUAUUUCUUACAAUGUUUUCCUUGGGUUUUGGUCCUAUCCCAUGGAUGAUGACGGGUGAAAUUUUUGGGCCAGAAGUAAAAGGUAUAGCUGCAAGUAGCACCACUCUUAUAAAUUGGGCAAUGGCUUUCAUUAUGACGAAAUUUUAUACUAAUUUAAAAGAAGCAAUUCAUAAGAGUGGUACAUUUUGGUUAUUUUCUGCUACUAGUGCUAUUGGAAUUCUCUUUGUAUACUUCCUAGUUCCUGAAACAAAAGGCAAAUCUCUAGAGGAAAUUCAAAGGGAACUUAACGAUUCGUGA